ACACAACAAACUCUACAUUUUGAAUGUGUGGGGUGGUAUAUUUCUAUGUGAACUACUGGUGCGGGUGAAUAAGAAUGCGACUGAAGAAAAGUCAUCCAGAACAAGUUAGGAAGCCAAUACAUUCAGUAUAGUGUGUAGAUUGCAAUAAAGUCCGAAAAUAUUUGUGAAAAAUUAAGGUUUUCCACGCUCCUGACAUUGUAGGAUUGAGGUUUAAAGUACCAGUGUUUGCUAUAGUGCAAAAAAGUAAUUCCCAAAAUUAAAAUUGCCACAAGGAAAUCUUUUCAUGAAUGAAAUAACCACUGCACGAGACUAAGAAACAAUCACCAUCACAAUAAUGGAAGCUGACAUGGAUGAGAUUAUUGCCGGUCUAAAGAACGCCACCUUGGAGAAAAGUCCUGAUAGGGCCCUGCCUUUACUGAAGCAGAUUUCCGAAGCGGAAACCAACCUCUGUGAUAAGUACGACAUCAAAGCCGACCUGCUCGAUUUGCUCUCAUUGGACAAUCCGGCUGUGCGUGUCCAGGUAGCUCGGUGCAUUGCCGAGGUGGCUAAAACUGAAGCCCAGCGUGACAAGUUCACCAAAGAGGAUAUCAUUCGGAAGCUAAUCUCCUACCUUUCCAACGAAAGUGAGAACAGCAAACUUGAACUAAGCAUUCAAGUUUGUCGAGCGUUGGGUAACAUUUGCUACGCUAAUGAUGACGCUCGGAGCAUCAUAAAAUCGAUUGAGGGAGACGUGAACAUAUUCUCGCUGUUGGAGCUGGAUGUGGAUACCGACGAGGAAGACAAGGAGCAGUUCGUGAGGGUACGGUGUGGUCUGAUAUCCAACUAUCUUCUCGGACCCGAUGACAUUGCUGAACGGGCUGUUGAACUGGAUGUGAUCGGCAAAAUUGAGAAGAUUCUGGCACGCUGUGUUGUGGAUGUCGACAAGUAUGAGGACCUGCUGCUCAACACGCUGCCACCGUUGAGCAUUUUAACCGAGCAGAUCAGUGACCUGUAUUUCACACCGUCACUCAACAAGCUCAUUGCGGAAAUACUGGCCAAGUGUACGAACCCGGACUUGGCCGAGUCUUGUUUGGCACUGUUGCACUAUGAGGCACAGAACGACGAUGUGAAGUUGCUGCUGGCGGAGGAGGGUUUGUGCGAAACGAUCUACAAACUGCUGGAGAAGUACAAAACCUUUGCCAACACGGACGAGGCCCGAGUGCUGAUGAAGCUGGCCUGUGAUCUGAUCGUACUUAUACUGACCGGAGAUAAAUCAAUGCAUUAUCUUUACACAACUCCCUUACUCAAAUAUAUGGAAGACUGGCUGGAUUCGUACGACGUGGAACUGUUGACGACCGGCGUGUUAGCACUCGGAAAUUUUGCACGUACAGACAGUCAUUGUAUUUACAUGGUGGAAAAUAAAAUAAUGCACAAACUACUCUCUAUCUUAGCUAAGAAUAAUGGAAUCGACCAUCAGAUGACCCUGCAGCAUGCGCUGCUGAGCACGUUGAAAAAUCUAGUCAUACCGAAACCCAACAAAUCAGCCGUUAUCGAAGCGGGAUUGGUGGACAUUAUAUUACCAAUGUUGGAAAUUCAUCAACCGCCGGUGGUGUUUAAGCUUCUCGGAACGCUCCGAAUGACGGUCGAUGGUCAAGAAAAAUUAGCUCAAGAGCUAUUGCAAAACGAGAAACUGAUCAAACAGCUGGUGCACUGGAGUAAAACUUCAGAGUUCACGGGGGUGUUGGGCGAAUCGCUUCGAUUGAUGGCGUGGUUGAUCAAGCAUGCAUACCACGCGAACAAAGAUCUCUCCGCAGCGGAUGAAACCGGGCUGAAGAAGUUCGUUGCCGUUGAUGGUGCCGUGGCCAGUAUGGUUGGCAUGUUGACCUCCACCCAUUUGGUCAUGCAGAACGAAGCGCUGAUCGCGCUCAGUAUUCUCUCCACCAUCUUUCAAAACAAGUCCACCGACGAUAGCGGCCGGCUGGACGAAUUGCUAGUCAACGCCAGCGUGGGAGCCAAACUGGCGGAGCAGAUCACACUGAAUGGGGAAACGAUGACCAAGGAGAUCGUUGACAAUUUGCAAACGUUCGUCAAAUUACUUAAAUCGUCGGAUGCAUGUGCGGACAAUUUGAAGAAGCAUAACAUUGACGAACUGUUGAAGUCUAUACCUAGUCUCGUAGAGUACUGUACGCUUUAAGAUAGGACUCGUAGCUGUAUGGUUUCGUAUUCGAUAGCCUGUUUUGAUUCAGUUGAUUCUGAGUUUUACAGUAAGUAUUUUCAUAUUAUUAACCUUUGUUUCAGCAUCUAUUUAUUAUUGGGAGCAGUAGAUACACCAUUUGUCCAAUUUGUACCCGAAAGGCAGACAAUUCGAUAUGUAAUUCUUGUUUUGAAUGCUGUUUUGAACGAACGAACGUUGAGGUGCAACAUCGUUACGCCAGCAAAAUUAAAUGCAGAAGUUAUUCGAACGAACCGGAUUCAUUCGAAACUAUAAUUCGUCCACGGGUGAAUGUAUUUCAUAGCUAGGUUCACUGAUGAACCCACAUAAUAUUGUUAUGAAGGUUCGACGGAGUUGAACAAAGUAUCGCCAGCUAAUGAUUGGGGAUCCUCAAGUUUUCGUUUUUUUUAUUACAUUUGCGCUAUACUAUCCUGAGAAUUGCUAACCAAAAUCAGUGAUAAAUUCAUAUUCGAAAGGGCGAACUAAUAUUGCUAGUAAAUAGAACUAAAUCUAUUCAUUACAAUAGUUGCAUCAAUCAAUAAAUGUGUGCUGUUCGCCUUAAAGCAAUAAUGAAAUAAUAUAAUUAAUGCCAAAAAAAUCAUUUUGGUAUUACCACUAUAUUUUUUUCGCUCUGUGAAUCAAUAUGGACGAAACUUAGUCAUGGUAAAAUUCAAGGUAUAUCUGAGCUCUGGUCAAAUUUUCAGCAAAAUAGGCUCGUGAACUAGAUCUUGAGUUACAAAGUUAACCAUUUUGUAUAAAAAACGGCAAGUGGGCACUUUAUUAUGCCGGCCAGUGUAGUUCCGUUAGGGUACUGCAGGCAUGAGGAUUUUAUAUAGAAGUGAAUUCUCACGACCUUCUUUCUUCCGACAUCUUCCGUAUGAAAGGGGAGCCCUCAGGUCGCUUUCAAAUCCACUUUUAUAUAAGAUCUUCAUACCUGACGUAUCCUAACGAAACUAUCAAAUCUGAACCUAAGCCUCUAAUUCUAUUAUGAACAUGUUUUACGUCUGAGUUUGGAGGAAAAUUACAUAGCAUUUUAUAUCAAUGAAAUAAUGACGAAACAUUUAAUAUUAUUUUAUAUUUUUGUGAGGUGCUUCUUUGCACAUCUACCUACAAUACAUUCAUGAAACGAUUAUAAGCUAAUUUUUGAACUCCAAUUAAAGUCAACAUCAUUACCUCAUAUAUGUUGAAAAUGGUGAUGUCGAGGCUCAGACAAAUAAAAUCGUUGUUUUUCGUACCGUGGUAUCUACUAAUACUUAUCUAAGACAAGAUUCGCUCUCAGUUCUCAAUAGGUAUGCAAUACUCCACCAUUUUUAUUUUGAAAUCUCACUUGGCCGGAAUUACAAGCAGUUUUUCACAGUUACCAUUUUGCGUUUUCAUUAAGCAUUAGUACAUUGACAGACAAACAAUACUGAAAUCUUGAAUCGAUUAAAUUAUUCAAAUGCAUUUUAGCUUCACAUAAUAUAUUAUGGUUUUUUGUUGAGAUUUUACAUUCGUAACUCUUUGCCAAAGUAGUAAGAAAGUGGCUUUGAAUGAUGUAGCAGUUAAUGUUUCUAGUGAUUUUUGCAAGCAAUUUUAGUGGUUUUCAUUUGGAAUCCAAGAAUGAAAUUAGAAAUUUUUAAACAUUAGCUGUUCGUUUUCGAUGAAAUUUUGAUAAAUUUUCACAUUAGUGGUCGGAAACAGAAUAGGAAAGAUAAAUUAAAUUACCGAUAAAACUAAAACAAUCAUUGCAUUUAUUAAAAAUAUGUGCUACCGUACUCAAAUACACUAUAGCUAAAUCGUAGAAGAAAUCAAUAGACGCGAUGUAUCUUUCAAUAACUGAAUAUGAUAUUUUGAACGAUAGGCCCACUCUACGAAUAAGACUAAAAACCUUCCUUUCCUAAAGAUAAAUCCAACACCACUAAUUCUAUACCAGGAUGCGAUAACGCACUUUCUUGUAGAAAAAAAAGCACAAAAAAACUUUUCUAAAAUUAAAUAAAUCUUAAAAACUUAAAAUAACAUGUUGAAAACAUUAAAAUCCAAAUAUAAGCAAUGUUUUUCAUAUUUACCAAUAAAAAAGGAAAUGUUGAAAGAGUAUUGAACAAACAGUGUUCAUACCGUUCUCUACCAGAUGAAUAAACAAAAUGAUAAACUACACGAGAUUGUUAUUUACAAACGAAAGCGCAAAUUAUAAAAUGAGGAUGAUUGCUUUUACCGCAAUUCAACUGAUUGGAAGCAUAUGUCCGUAAUAUGAUAAUAAAGCUGAACGAACAGAUAUGACGAAGGAGAACCAGAACAAAUGAUGAUGUUACAACAUAUUGUCAAAAUUCCACCACCUCGAAAGCAUCACACAAACAGCACAUCGAAUAAUAAUGUUGAAAAAGAAUUUUACCACUGUGUAACAAUAUCGCACGAUUAGCUAUUGCUUCUACUGAAACAGACCUUAUAAUCACAGUCCCGUAGAAACGCUAGAUCUCGAUUCGGGUAAAAAAGAAACGCUAGUUUUUUGUGCGAAUCGAUUGUAUUAAAUAAUUAAUUCCACCAUAAAUAUAAAGUGAUCGUUGAAUACAAUCGAGUUUACCAAAAAACAAGUGUGGGUUCUUUACUCUGAAUCAGGUUUUAGGAAAGCAGCAUUUCCAACACAAACCAGUUUAUUCGCAUUUCUCAAAAUAGUCGCUAGCAUGCAGCAUUCAAAUUCAACCGGGAUCUUCGGUGUCGACAUAGGACAGUUCUGCGAAAUAUACAUGAAAAUGCUCUGAUAAA